GGAAAUCAUUUUUCCCUGUAAUGGCUGAUAAAUCUGUGACGUAUUUAACUGUUAGCAACUCGAUUCCACGUAUAUAAACCUGAAGAGGUCAAUUUGAGAACAGAGUCUACACAUACAACGGGAACAUGAGAGGAGCGAUAUUAUGGUUACUCGGGGUAGCAGCAGUGGCUUCCCUGCCGCUGUCGGACCCCCCCCACACGGAACAGGAACUUAUGCAGCUGCUCCUCGACACACUACCCGGAGAAAACGACCUUGAAGGAGACGUAGUCAAGGGCCAUCCUGAGGCAGAUGUCCUGAGUGUGCCGGUAACCACCCAGUCGUCCGUCAAUGUGACCUCCAAGGUGCCCAGCGACCCGGCUGGCACUGUGCCUGCCGAUGAUGCUUCUACCCUUGUCGUCACUACACCUGAGCAGGGACAGGUGCAGCAGCAGCAGCAGCAGGUAGCGGAGGAAGACCAUGAACAGGUAACUGAACAAGAGCAGAUGCCCGAAGAGGUAGAACAAGUGCUUGAACAAGAACGGGCGCCCGAGCAGGAACAGCAAGUGCCUGAGGAGGUGACGUUGCCCGAGCAGGAACAAGUACCCGAAGAGGUACAACAGGUUCCCCAGCAGGAAGCAGAAGAACCAAUCGCCGAGCAGGAACAGCUCCCUGUCGAACCGCAGGCGAACCCUCUUGUACCUGUCCCGGUCCAAGAAUCUUCGAGGGUGAAGUACUUUAUCCCUGACACAGACGAAGAACCCGAGAUUGUAUACAUUCCUGAAGAACCUCUUGUUGACAUUCCUGAAGAACCUCUUGUUGACAUUCCUGAAGAACCUCUUGAAGACGGUUUUGUAGCAGAGGAAUUCCCCAAAGACAUCGUUGACGUUCCUGAAGACAACUCUGAAGAACCUAUGGAUGUUUUUAUUGUGCCUGAAGAUGUGCCUGAGGGCUUUGUGCCUGAAGAUGUGCCUGAGGGCUUUGUGCCUGAAGAGACGUAUGAUGGCCCUGAGGAAAUUCCCGAAGAAAUCUAUGAGAACCCUGAUGUGCCCGAAGAGGCUUUUUCUGUUCCUCAAGAAGUCUCUGACGACCUUGAAUAUAUGCCAGAGGAGGUGUUUGAGGGCUCUGAGGACUUCCCACAAGAAAUGUUUGGUGUUCCUGAAGAAGUCCCUGAAGUAUUUAUUGACAAUUUUGGUACUCCCGAAGAAGUUUUUGAUGGGCCUCAAGAGAUGCCUGAAGAAUUUUCUGAUGCCGAAGAGGAAGUUCCAGAGGGAAUCUUGAUUGUCCGUGAGGAUAACUUUGACACCUUCGAAGACGCUUCUGCAGAUAUUUUUGAUGGACUUCAAGAGACCCCUGAAGCCGAGAUUUCAGCAGGAAUGUUUGAUACUCCUGAAGAAAUUCCCGGAGUCUUUGGUGUCCCCGAAGAGUUUCCUCAAGAAGUUCCAGAAGGUUUUUAUGAUAUUCGUGAGGAGAUCCCCGAGGGGAUGUUUGUCCCUGAAGAAGUCCCACAAGUCGAUGGUCCCCAAGACAUCCCUGAAGGUUUCUCUGAUGGUGCGGUUCCUGUAGAAGCAAUUGGUAUCUUUGAAGAAGUUCCUGAAGACGUCUCUGAAGAUGCGUUUGAUGGUCCUCAAGGGGCCCCUGAAGGUUUCUUUGAUGCUCCUGAACAAGCAUAUCCUGAACCUAGUCCCUUAAUACCUGAACUCGUCCCAAUAAGAGUGUCUUAUAUGAGCCAGGAAUUCAUUGAGACCAGGGAGCCAGAAGAGGACUCCGAGGAAGACGAACUUGUGAAUGUUGAGCCACAAGAAUACCCACAAGAGGAGACCUAUGACCAACCCAUGGUAUAUUUCGUACCUGAAGGCGAAACUUUCGUGCCCGAGAAUGCUGACUACACUCCCGAGGAGGAAUACAACUUGGACGUAAAUUCUGGCAUGGAGCAGGAUAUGCCACAGAUGGAUGAAGGGGAGUAUAUCCCCGACGAUGCACCCAUCGCGUCGGACAGUUAUUAUGUCGGUGAGGAACAGCCAAUGAUUGAAGAUGGUGCAUUUAUGCCUGAGGAUGAGAUCUUUAGUGACGAAGCUAUGCCGGAUAAUGUGAACCUCUACACCCCUGAAGGUGAUGUAAUCAUACCUGGGUUCCUUCCAGACAUGUCGGAAGAGACCUCUUCUGAAGAGGAUGUUCCAGAACAGUUCUACCCACAAGGUGAGGAGUCUGAGGGCGAAGACUUUGCUCCAUUCCCUACCGAGGCCGAUAAUGACGAGAUGGUCUUCAAGCCCUUCAGCAGUUUGACUUUAUUCCAUCCUGCUGUGGUGAUGGGCCCAGAGACCGAAGGAGAGAAGGAACUGGAAGGCGAUGAGUCCAGUGAGCCAUAUGUACCACCAACCUUAGUCGAGAUCGUGGUUAUUGACACCCAAGUCGACCAAAACGAUAGGCUUCCUCUCCCCUUCGCAGACCAGCGUCCUUUCUUUGUGCAAAUGCAGUCUGAGCAGUUGCCCGUCCGCCCCAUCACGCCCAUCGCUGGAGAAACAUUCCGCCCUGACGAGCCUCUGCCGCCCAUUGCUGAAGAGGCACAGACAGACGAGGCUGAUCAGCUGACGCCCAUUGUGGUCGACAAUCAGACAUUUCUCAUCCCCAAUGAAAAUGACAGCCAGAUGAUAUUUUUUCCCGAGGAUAAAGAGCCCACCCAGAGCCUCCCUGUCUUCCCUGACCAGUGGGACAAUGAGAAACAUUUUUUUCUUCCAAUCCGGAGCGAGGACGAUGGAGACGACCAGCCACUGACUGAGGAAAAUUUCCCAGAAUUCGAGGGGCAACAACAACCAACUCAAGAAUUCCUUGAGCAAAGUUUCCCUUUCCACCCACAGCUGCCGAUGAGAAGACCCACAUUUCCCACAGUGGAAUCUCAGGACUACUUUGACGGCCCACAGACUCCUCAGAGGUUUGGUCAUUUCCACCCCGAGCCAAUCCCUUUCCAGGACGAUGACAGUGAUGAUGAUGAUAUAAUUUACCCUGAUUAUGACAUGCCAGCUGGACACAACUUUGACUAUUUCAUGCAGUCUCGCUACCCACAGCUGUACGGCAGAAACGGCUUUUACCCACAGUCAAUCAACGAGCCUUCCAGGAACCUAGAUUUCACCCCACAGAACUACCAGAUAUAUGGACCAAGUUUCGGCCAACAAAGCAACUCACCUUCUCAGUUCUCUCCUUUCAACUUCAGGAAUGCUAUGCCAGCAAGGUCCCCCUACAGGCAAGGUUAUCAGGGUCCUUUCCAAUUUUACUCAGGGCAGGUCGCUCCACAAAGCCAGUACGAAACCAACUACGGUUAUCCUUGGAACUACAAUAAUCCUUCCCACCGUCCUGUGUGGUAGGCUCGAAAGGAACAAUGUCUGUCAAGAAAUGCUGUAUCAUACACUGUACCCUAAGAACAAAAAUACUGGAAUGUCUUCUGGUGUUGGUAGGAAUUGUAUAAACAUAUCUUUGACAACAGUAUCUAGUAAUGAUGUAUUAAUAUAAAGCUAAGACCUUGUCGUUAACUAUUUAUACGAAAGCUAUACUGUAUUUUCGAAGACAACUGAGGUCAUAAGCAAAGCUUAAGAACACUUUGACAAAGUCGAAUAAGAUUAGAGUUUCUAGACAAUGUAACAUGUCUCAAUGUUUGUGUACCUUGGAUUCGUGGCAUUCAUUACCCUAUUAUUAUAACAUCAUCAAAUGAUGUACAUGUAAUUCUAUAUAUAAAAUUAUAAAAUGUU